CCCGCCGCUCCCAUUGGCCGGGGCGCCCGCGGCGCUGCGAGGACGACGCGGAACGGUCUAGUUCAGGGUCUAGGGCGGCGCGUCACUUCCGGUAGCGCGGAGCUUGUAAAACACCCUGGAGAGAAAAUGGCGGCGGCAGCAGCGGCGGCGGCGGCGGCAUCGGCGCCUCAGCAGCUCUCGGAUGAGGAGCUUUUCUCUCAGCUGCGCCGUUACGGCCUGUCUCCGGGCCCCGUGACGGAGAGCACCCGCCCCGUCUACCUCAAGAAGCUGAAGAAGCUUCGCGAGGAGGAGCAGCAGCAGCAGCAACAGCAGCAGCAGCAGCAGCACCGGCUCGGCGGCCGCGGCGCCAAGACGCGGAACAGUAAUAACAAUAACACGGGCGCCGCGGUCGCCGCCGCGGGCAUGGGGGUCCGGCCGGUGGCGGGCGACCUCGCCUUCCUGCGGACUCCGGGGGGCCCGGGCCGGACGCCGGCCGCGGGCUCGGAGGGCGGCGCGCCCGCCGGGCCGGGGGGCGCCGCGGCCGGCCUCGCGGCGGGCAGCAAAGUGCUGCUGGGCUUCAGCUCGGACGAGUCGGACGCCGAGGCCGGCGGCCCCCGCGAGCAGGCCGGCGGCAGGAAGGAGCGGGCGGCGCCGCCGCCGCCGCCGCCGUCGUCGUCGCCGUCGCCGUCGUCGUCGUCGUCGUCGUCUUCGUCCCGCGGGCUCGAGGGGACGCCCGCGCCGCCGGCCGAGCGCAGGAAGCCGCACUCGUGGUGGGGGGCCCGGCGGCCGGCGCCCCCCGAGCCGCCGAGCGCGGCGGCCCGCGAGGCGGCGGAGGACGAGCGCGGGGAGGGCGCCGACGGGGAGGACCGGGGCGCCGAGGCCGAGGAGCCGCGCUGGGCCAGCCGGGCGGUGAACGGCAGCCGGCUGCCCCCCUACAGCUGCCGGGAGAACUACUCGGACUCGGAGGAGGAAGAGGAGGACGAGGAGGACGAGGAGGAUGAGAUCGGCGGCGACGCGGCCUCGCCCCGCCUGGGAGCCAAGGACGACUCCCUGGCCCGCGCCCGGCCCCGACGGGGCCACGGGAAGCCCUUGCUCGCGCCGCCGGCGGCCAAGGGCAGCCGGCUGGAGCCCGCGGGCCCGGGAGGGGGCGGACUGGCGAUGAAUGACAGGGCGGCGGCCGCCAGCAGUCUAGACAGGAGCCGCAACCUCGAGCGGGCGGCGGCGGAGCGCGGCGCGGGGUGUGAGCCCUGGGACGCCGGCCACGCGCCCCGAUUCCGGGCCAGCGCCAAGAAGCUGGCCCCGCUGCUGCCGCCCUCGCCGCUGCCCGACCGGGACCCUGGCUCGGACCCGGGCCCCGGCCCCCGGCUGAAGACCAACAACCACGUGGGCGGGGGCGCCUUCGGCGUGGACGCCCCCCGGAUUUUCGCCAACAGCGUGCCGCCCGGGGCCGCGGCGGCCAGCCCCCCCUCCGGGGCGCUCCGGAUCAACCACGCCAACCACACGGGCCCCAAUCACACGUACCCCAAGACCCCCUACGGCAAACCGAAGCUCUCGGAACCCGAGGAGGAACUUCUGCAGCAGUUUAAGCGGGAGGAGGUGUCCCCCACGGGGGCGUUCAGUGCCCACUACCUGUCCAUGUUUCUCUUGACUGCCGCCUGCCUCUUUUUCCUAAUACUGGGGCUGACCUAUCUGGGCAUGCGAGGAACGGGAGUGUCCGAGGAUGGAGGACUCGGCAUAAAAAAUCCCUUUGAUGAAACAUUUGGAAAAAUACAAGAAAGUGAAAAAAAUCUUAUGAUGAACACUUUAUACAAGCUUCAUGAUCGAUUGGCACAACUUGCAGGAGAUCAUGAAUGUGGAAGCUCUAGUCAGAGAACCCUUUCUGUCCAAGAAGCAGCUGCCUAUUUAAAAGAUUUAGGUCCUGAGUAUAAAGAUAUAUUUAACACCUCAUUGCAAUGGAUUUUGGAAAAUGGAAAAGAUGUGGGAAUAAGGUGUGUUGGUAGUGGCCCGGAAGAAGAACUGACAAACAUAACUCACGUGCAGUUUUUACAGUCCACAAGACCUCAGAUGUCUUUCUGGUGUCGUUUUAGACGUGCUUUUAUUACUGUCACCCACAGAUUAUUACUGUUAUGCUUAGGUGUAGUGAUGGUUUGUGUCGUUCUGCGUUACAUGAAGUAUCGCUGGACAAAAGAGGAAGAAGAAACAAGACAGAUGUAUGAUAUGGUGGUAAAGAUUAUAGAUGUUUUACGAAGCCAUAAUGAGGCUUGCCAGGAAAAUAAAGAUUUACAACCUUACAUGCCUAUUCCACAUGUGCGAGAUUCCUUAAUACAGCCUCAUGACAGGAAAAAGAUGAAGAAAGUCUGGGAUAGAGCUGUUGAGUUUCUUGCUGCUAAUGAGUCUAGAGUUCGCACAGAAACACGAAGAAUAGGUGGUGCAGAUUUUCUGGUUUGGCGUUGGAUCCAGCCUUCUGCAUCCUGUGACAAAAUAUUAGUAAUACCUUCUAAAGUAUGGCAAGGUCAAGCAUUUCAUUUAGAUAGAAGAAAUUCACCUCCAAAUAGUUUGACACCAUGUCUAAAGAUUCGAAAUAUGUUUGAUCCAGUAAUGGAAAUAGGAGAUCAGUGGCAUUUGGCAAUCCAAGAAGCAAUUUUAGAAAAAUGCAGUGAUAAUGAUGGCAUUGUUCACAUUGCAGUAGACAAAAAUUCACGUGAGGGUUGUGUAUAUGUUAAAUGUCUGUCUCCAGAAUAUGCUGGAAAAGCUUUUAAGGCAUUGCAUGGCUCUUGGUUUGAUGGGAAAUUGGUUACAGUAAAAUAUUUACGACUAGAUAGAUAUCACCAUCGCUUUCCCCAAGCACUUGCUUGCAACACUCCCUUGAAGCCAUCAAAUAAACAUAUGAACUCUAUGUCUCAUCUUCGUCUUCGGACUGGCCUAGCCAAUUCUCAAGGAAGUUCCUGAAAAGACUCUCCACUCUUAUAACUGUUACUUACAGUAGAAAAAUUACUGUUUGGCUUCUUGUCUUCCUUUUAAAAUGCUUUUUGUAUGUAAUAUUUUAAUUGAAUAAAGCUCUGUUUAAAUGUUCCAAAAAUCGUAAGGUUCCAGUGGGACUUAGCAGUGAGGCAGCAAUGCUGAGUAGAUAGAAUAAUUGUUUCAUUCAACUUUUGGAGCUCAGUUAAGCCAAUGCAUUUAAAGUUUUGCAUGAGGAACAUUGACUUUCUUAAGCAUUUUCAGAUGUGGUGAUUGUAUUUUUGCACCAAGAAAUGUUUGGAUUACCGCACAAAAGCAUGGUGAAGAGGCUUCUUGUUAUUUCCAUAAUUCCUGUGAACUAAUGUUGUGAAUUUUUGUAUACAGUCACCUGCAUAGUUCCUUAAUGUGGUAAAAACGUUCAUUUUUCAAUUUAACCUUAGAUUUCUAUUGCUUGUAAAAUUUCUAUUUGCUACAGCUGGAUUAUGGGGAAAUUCAUUUGGGUUUAGUGGUUACAUAUAAGUGGAUGUACAUGUACUUAAACUGGCUUUUGUAUAUAUGUAUAAAUGCUGGUGGUGGCGAAUGUAGUCUUGUAUUUUGAGGAUGUCUGCAGUAUAGCAGUAAAAUAAGCUUAUUUUAUUCAUAAUCUAAUGUAUAUAUGUAUGUGUAUAUGUAUAUAUGUCUGUAUGUAUAUUAUAUAUGUAUGUGUAUAUGUUUGUGUAUACACACACAUAUAUAUACAUAUGGCUGUACUGUCACAGAUCAAACAGCCAAACACCUGGAAGUAUUAGAUACAAGUUAAAAAUAUCUUUUAUAGGUUUUAUAUGAAAAAAAUGUCUUGAGUAUGACUGUGAAAGUUGAUACCAGUUGUAAUUGAUUCAAAUUUAUGCGAGCAAUAAAGAAGCAAUUGGCAGAAAUUGAUAAAGUAUUUUGUGAAAAGCUGUAUUUAUUAUAUUAGGGCUAUAACAUAGUACCAUUGGGAUUGAGUCAUUUUCCCAAUCUGUUUAUAGUUUAAAUAAUGAAAAGUUAACUCUCCUGUUGUAUGUCAAGUAUUAAGCAGGGCACAUUGUUGCAACAAAGUAUGUAUUUGAAUAAUCAUAUUUGCAAUUUGGGGUCAUGAAUGUUUGCAAUAUAGUAAAUGCAAGAGUGACUGUUGCUUUGUGCCUCAAGUAUUUACUUAGUUUCAGUAAAGUUUCUUUAUUACUGUUUAUAAUUUCA